CUGAGGCGGCGACCGCGGCCAGUCGCUGCUGAGGCGGCCGUGGGUGCGCUUCUCGGCGGGGCCGGGCAGGGCCGACGCCUGGCGGUGAGGAAGCGCUCCCUGGGCGGGCGCCAUGGCCACCAGUUAGGGCGGCGGGAGAAAAGGCCGAAGCCCAAGAUGCCGGAGCGACGGCACGGCUGCGCCUCCGCUAUCGUAGAUGCUGACCAUCUUUCUGUAGUAGAAUCUCCAUGGCCUGAACGUUUCUUGACAAUAAUUUUGAACAAAAUAUAUGUUUAAAAAGAAGAUAACCACAUCAAGAUGGUGGGAAAGCUGAAACAGAACUUACUUUUGGCAUGUCUGGUGAUUAGUUCUGUGACAGUGUUUUACCUGGGCCAGCAUGCCAUGGAGUGCCACCACCGGAUAGAGGAACGUAGCCAGCCAGCUAGACUGGAGAACCCCAAGACUACUGUGCGAACAAGCCUGGACAUCAAAGCCAACAAAACCUUCACCUAUCACAAAGAUAUGCCUUUAAUAUUUAUCGGAGGUGUGCCUCGAAGUGGAACUACACUUAUGAGGGCUAUGCUGGAUGCCCAUCCUGACAUCCGCUGUGGAGAGGAAACCAGGGUCAUCCCUCGGAUCCUUGCGCUGAAGCAGAUGUGGUCCCGGUCCAGUAAAGAGAAGAUCCGUCUGGAUGAGGCUGGUGUCACUGAUGACGUGCUGGAUUCUGCCAUGCAAGCCUUCCUUCUGGAGGUCAUUGUUAAACAUGGGGAGCCAGCACCUUAUUUAUGUAACAAAGAUCCUUUUGCCCUGAAAUCCUUGACUUACCUUGCUAGGUUAUUCCCCAACGCCAAAUUUCUUCUGAUGGUCCGAGAUGGUCGGGCAUCAGUACAUUCAAUGAUUUCUCGAAAAGUUACCAUAGCUGGAUUUGACCUGAACAGCUACAGGGACUGUUUGACCAAGUGGAAUCGGGCCAUAGAAACCAUGUACAACCAAUGUGUGGAGGUUGGUUAUAAAAAAUGCAUGUUGGUUCACUAUGAACAGCUUGUUUUACACCCUGAACGGUGGAUGAGAACACUCUUAAAGUUCCUCCAUAUUCCAUGGAACCAUUCAGUUUUGCACCAUGAAGAAAUGAUCGGAAAAGCUGGGGGAGUGUCUCUGUCAAAAGUGGAAAGGUCAACAGACCAAGUCAUCAAGCCUGUCAACGUCGGGGCACUGUCAAAGUGGGUUGGGAAGAUACCCCCAGAUGUUCUACAAGACAUGGCAGUGAUUGCACCCAUGCUUGCCAAACUUGGAUAUGAUCCGUAUGCCAAUCCCCCUAACUAUGGAAAACCUGACCCCAAGAUCCUUGAAAACACCAGAAGGGUCUAUAAAGGAGAAUUUCAGCUACCCGACUUUCUGAAAGAAAAACCCCAGGCUGAGCAAGUGGAGUAGCUGAGCCUGGGAUUUCCCACAUCGAGGGACAGGACGACGGCUGCCUUUUCUACAGAAGGGAGAUCUCUGGAACUGCUGUCUUCUGCUGGGAGAAGUGGGGUGUCCCAACCACCUGCCAGCCUCGUCCCUUAGAGAGGUGUCACACAGCCAGCCUCCCUGAGUGAUGGCUCUUGAGCCCCUGACAUGCACAACCCUCAAGAUUAGGAACCCAGCAAGGGCACAACUCUGUUACAGCUCCUCUUGUCUGUGUCUUUUCUUACCAGAUUCCAGGCUCAAUUUCAGGAGCAGGAGACUUUAAAGAUGGCAUUUGUUAACAAAAUUGGCAGUCUCAUUCAGAAUAGGUUGUCUGUACAUGUUCCAGUGUUUUGUACAACACCAGUGCCUGUUUAAAUGUAUUGAUGUGGAUAAUAGUAAAUACCUUAAUUAUUUAAAUAAUUCAUUGUAUUGUUUCAGAGAUGUUGGGAAAUUACUGUAUACAUUUACAACCUAAUGACUUUUGUAUUUUAUUUUUCAGAAUAAAAGCUUAAAUGUGAA